CUCGGGCCUCCCAAGGAUUACGAAAGGAAAUAGACCCCAAAAAAGUGUGAAGACAUACGUACGUUUUGAUUAUUCAAAGGUCUUGCCAAGAAGACGCCGGCCUGCCAAUCCUUCCAAUGUUUGGCAACGAGACGGACUGGGUGGGAGCUGGUGUAGUUCCAAGGGCUCGACGUAAAUAAGAGAGCUGCACGAACGAGCAUUUGCUAGGCUCGAUAGAUUGGUGGCAAGAGUGACUGUUAUAUGAGCCGAGUAUCCCAAGCUAGCAGCUGGUUGCCAGUCCAAAGGCCUACAAGGACGCGAGUCGCUGGGGUGGGAAUUGGUGCAAAGCCAGUUGGCCACCAGCAACGCGAGGGGAUGGUUGAAAACGGAAGGAGCCAAGGCCACAUGCGAACACCGCGCCUUUCUUCCCGCUCGACGAGCGCAGUUUGGUUGAGAGAAUGGUCGAUCAGAACGAACGGAAAGAGGAAAGAUGGAGAAAGAAUGAGGGCUGGACCGGACUGGACUGGACGAAGCUGUCCCGAGCCCACGUCCUCUUUACCAACUUUUCGAGGCAUAGUCUCGUUACUCAAUUGUCUGCGCCUGAACUGUAUGCCUGUCGCCGGGGUUCUCUGGUCGAAGGUGGCACACGACAUGAGCAAACCCGCAAUCAUCCCCAUUUUGUCUUCAUUCAUACCUUGCCUUAACCUCGUUUCCACUUUGCCAUGUUUUCACUGCAUCCCUAAAUUGCCGCGCCGCAUGUCCGCAGCCAAAGAGAUUGCCUGGAUUCCGCACGCUUCCGCAGCCGCCAUUGCCAGGGCAGGCAUAGGUAGAUCGAGAGACAUGGCCCAUGAUAGCUUAAAGACCAGACGACAGGGUCCUAAGCCCGAAGAUAGCUCUGGCAUGCGGGUCAGCCCGACUCAGUUUGCGGCAACCUUCAGUGGUGCCUGAGAUGUCAGACUGAAAAGAAGAGAGGAGAGGAGAGGGGAUGGACAAGGCCAAAGGCCGCACGGCACGCUGCAGGUUGCUGCUCGGCCAGCCGCAUUAUGGACGGUGUCACGC